AUCAAGGAAAAUUAUUCUUCUUUCCGGUUUUGCCCCAUUUUUUAUUUUUAUUUUUUUUUAAUUUUCAUUUUAUUUAAUUAACUAUUAAACAGUAGAUUUCCUUUUUAUGCUAUACUAUUUAUAUUUAUUUAUUUUUUCCUCUUAGCUUCCUCGAGGGAGCGAUUUCAAAAAUCUCCAAAAAGCUGUUUUUUAAUGGAUGCUUCGAUUUAUGCUACCUCCAUUUCCAGAGAAAUCUCAUAGUCCUUUUAGGGGCUUGCUUGUUUUGAGGGAAUUUGGAAUCCCUGCACGUUGGAUGGGGCUUUAAAAGUUGUUCCUUUGAGGUGUGGUUUUUCAUGGGUUGAACUCAAGAAAUAAUGGGUAGCCUCAGUGAAGAAGAAUUUCGAUUUUUUGAUGCCACUCAAGACAUUGCGUCAACGUCUUGUGCAAAUGCUAAUGACAUUGAGAUAUUUGAUCCGGAAUCUGCUACUGUGAGUGGUUCCCAAUACGACGUAUGGAUCCGUAGCCCAGGAAAUGUUAAGGAGAGGCGCAGUAAAUUUUUCGAUUUGAUGGGGCUGAGUUUAGACGAAAUUGUUCCUCGUGAUUUGGUGGAUGAGAGCUGUGUGGAAGGAGAGCUUGAUAGGAUGAGAGAUACUGGUGGUGCUGUUCUGAGAACAUCUGGGUUUGAGGAAGAGUUUUCUUCAUGUCGAUCUUCACUGAGUUUAUCUAAUGAAAGUUUUGAUUUGUCUGAGGAAUUGAGUUUGAAAGAGAAAUUUGUGAGCAAAGAAGAAAAUUCAGGUGGGGGAGCAGCAUGCAAUGUGGAUGAGUUGGGGCAGGAUGGGAGGAUGAGUGAAGUUUGUGAGAUGAGUUCAGAGCAGUGGGCAACGGGUGAAGAGUCUGAGACUACUUCUUCAUCAUCUACCUUAUACAAACAACUUAGGGAGAAGGAAGAUGACGAGCAGAAUAAAUCGGAGGGAGUAGCAAAGAGAAUUAAGAACAGGUGGUUGAAUAAAUUACGUUCAUUAGCAUGUGUUGUGGAUAAUCAAGGGAAAGCUGAUAGAUUGAUAGCCCAAGCUGAUGGUGAUGAUGCAAGUUUGGGGACUAGGGUUCAGAGAGUUAAGGUCCGCCAGUCUAGAAAGCGGUUGAAAGAACUUUCUGCACUUUAUAAGUCACAAGAUAUCCAGGCCCAUGAGGGUUCAAUUUUGACAAUGAAGUUCAGUCCUGAUGGGCAGUACCUUGCAAGUUCUGGUGAAGAUGGUGUUGUUCGAGUGUGGCAAGUGGUGGAGAAUGAGAGUUGCAACGACCCUGACAUUCCUGAGAUAGAUCCUUCAUGCAUUUACUUUACAGUGAAUCAUCAAUCUCAAUUGAAACCCCGCUUCAUGGACAAGGAGAAGGUGGGUCAUAUGAGGAGUCUAAGAAAAACUUCUGAUUCAGCUUGUGUCAUUUUCCCUCCCAAAGUGUUCCGGAUAUUGGAGAAGCCAUUGCAUGAGUUCCGUGGACACAGUGGUGAGGUCUUGGAUCUCUCAUGGUCAAAAAACAAUUAUUUGCUAUCUUCUUCGGAAGAUAAAACUGUUCGUCUGUGGCAAUUAGGUUCUGAUCAGUGCCUCAGAGUCUUUUCUCAUAAUAAUUACGUGACUUGUGUUCAGUUUAACCCUGUGGAUGAUAAUUUCUUCAUAAGUGGUUCAAUAGAUGGAAAAGUUCGCAUCUGGGCAAUUUCUACUUGCCAGGUUGUUGAUUGGACAGACAUAAGAGAUAUAGUCACUGCAGUCUGUUAUUGGCCUGAUGGACAGGGAGGGAUUGUUGGCUCCAUGACAGGCACUUGCCGCUUUUACAAUAUGUUAGAUAACAACUUGCAACUGGAUGCUGAAAUAUGCUUAAGCAGUAAAAAGAAGUCAGUUUGUAGAAGAAUAACUGGUUUGCAGUUUUCCCCUCAAGAUUCAAGCAAAGUAAUGGUUACUUGUGCUGAUUCACAAGUCAGAAUUCUUCAAGGGCUUAAUGUUAUUGGCAAAUACAAGGGUGUAUAUAAUAAUGUUGGAAAUCAGACAUCUGCAUCAUUCACUUCAGAUGGGAAGCACAUUGUUUCAGCUUGUGAGGAUUCCAAUGUAUACAUGUGGAAUUUUGUUGCUCAGGAAAAUGUUGCUCUCCCCAAGGCUAAAAGCAUCAAGUCUUAUGAGCGGUUUUCCACUAAUGCAUCCAUUGCAAUUCCUUGGUGUGGCUUGAAAUCUGGAAAUUCAGAAAAUGGAAGGCAAUUUCAAGUACUGCAUGAUAAUUUAUCAGAAAGUCAGCCAUAUUCUUCACCUGCUUAUUUCUCUCUGAGCCAGGAAUACAUUUUGGAGUCUUUUCCCAAGGGAGCUGCAACUUGGCCUGAGGAAAAGCUACCUCCAUCAAGUCCAUUAUCCAUGUCAUCGGCAAUGCAUAAAUCCCAUUACAAGUUUCUGAAAACAUCAUGCCAGAGUACAUCCAGUUCCCAUGCAUGGGGUCUUGUAAUUGUGACAGCAGGGUGGGAUGGACGGAUUAGAUCAUUCCACAAUUAUGGUUUGCCAGUAGCUGUUUGAAAUUCUAGUUUCUUGGUGGAAGGCAUCUUCCUUUGGUUGGGCACUUUUAGCGCCAACUUUGGUUGACUAGGUACUGCAGGCCCAAUGCUCUAUAAUUGGCUGACAAGUGACUUUGCUUUUGGAAGCACAAACUGCCACAUGAAGUUCAGAUUCCAGUGCUUUAGCAGGUGCUUGCAGCUUAGAAGGCAAUUGAGAAUGUAUAUCUGGUUUUCCAAGGGCCUGUCUGAGAUUUCAGAGGUGGUCUAUAUCCAAAUUAGGCCACCACUAGUGGUAGCAGCAUGUUCAUUACAGUGUAAUCCAUUUUGAAACAAGCAAGUGGUUGGCAUUAUAGCUAAUCUCAGCACCCAGCUUAAUUAUGAUUGAUUUAUUACUCGAAAAAUUGUCUUCCAGCCCAAGAAAGGUUAUACAAGUCACAUGUUUGGGGAGGGUUGGAGGAGCAAUGAGGUGUUGCAUCCUAUGCUGGAGCUGCUUGUGGGGCCUUGUAGAACUUCUUCUUUUGUUAUCUCAAGUAUUAGCAGGAAUCUGGAGCUGGUGGUUGCAAUUUACUUAGGGGAGAAAAUGGUGGGGAACUUCACCAUUUUCAGAUGUUUGGCAGCAUUGAAUGAUUGAAUUGCUUGUCCGCCAUUUCGGGUAUGUAU